AUGCAAAAGCUCGCCAACAUGCGUCACUGGCCCGAGAGGAUGAGCCCCAACUUCGGCGCGUCGUCAAGACCAAACAUGAAUAUGACCGCUAUAAAUCCACAUCAGAAGGCUGGAGCUCCGGGAGCUUCGCUAAGUCCCUCGCCUGCCGCCGAUAGUACUAUUCACUUCGCCUUUAACGUUCCGUUCGCGUCCGAUCUCGCCGGUCCUAACACGGAGGAGAUACUGCAUGCGACUGGAGAGGCUGUCUUUAGGUGGACGCACCCAGGAGAUGCCCCCGAUGAUAUCCCCGUUUACGACUUACCCGUCCACGCUCAGAACCUAGCCAAUCUGCAGAAUCUAUGUAGAGAACUUACGAAAGGACCUUUACCGAUCGAAGCACACGUCGUCUCAAGCGUACCGAAAGGUUUCAAGUCGCAAGUCACAACGGUGUGUCUUUCCGGUUCUCCGGAACUCGUCCACAAGAGCCGUGAGACCAUCUUGAGCGAUACCCCUUUAGCAUUGAGGUGUACUACUGUUGACGUAGAUUAUGGAUUGAUCGUCGAUGCUCAAGCUGGUGCACUGCAGAAGAACGUCACCGAUGCUCUAGAUACUUUCGCCGUGUUCUGCGGUGUUGAUAUUUUUAUUCUCGGCCCAAAACUUACUCCUACGGUCGACGGCCUAAAUGGUGACGUCGAGGUUAUUCGAGAUCAAAGGUGGAGGGUCGCUAUCUACGGAGAUAUCGAGUCUACGGAACACGCCAAGACCCAGGUUCUAAUCUUCAUUGACAAAUUGCUUGGACGUCAGCUGGAUAUCAUGCGUUUUGAGAGCACAUUGCACCCCAUCGUGUGCGGCCGUUCUCGAAAGAACAUCAAAAUGAUCGAGUCAGUUACUAAUACGGCUAUUUACUUUCCUCCAUUCGCCCAAUUACACCGCUACUGCCCGCCGAAUGCGAGUCGUCGGAAUCCAGAAGAGAUAUUUAUCACUGGCGAGAAUCCUCAAGGUAUAGAAUUAGCCAAGCGCAAGAUCCACGAGCUGGUGAACAGGACAAAGCUCUUCAUUAAGGAUGCCGUAGUUUCACCUCCCAAGAUUGAUAGCAUUUUACUUGGACGAAUGGACAAGGUUCGAAAGAUUAUGGAGACUAACGGCACAUUUAUCAUGUUCCCUCCUCUUGCCUCACAGCGCAACAUGAUUCGAGUUCAAGGUGUGGAAGGACUCCACAUCGAACGCACCAUGAAAGAAAUCAUGUCCCUCGCCGGCCAGUUUUACUUUGCGUCAUGGUGGAUCCAACAAGCUGGUAUCUCCCAGCUUCCGGGUCCUCACGAAAUCCGUGCCAUGCUUGGUGACAUCUCCGCCAGUUCCGACGCGGAUAUCUCCUUUGACAAAAUGACGUUCACAAUCAACGGCUCCGAUGAUGCCGUGAAGCAGGCCCUCGGCGUGCUCUCUCAGAUUAAGUUCGUCAAUCAGACUCAGCAUCAGAUUCGGGUCAAGAUCGAGCUCGCCAAUGAACAUAAGGAAUUCGUCUCGGGCAAGAAGAACGGCAAGAUCAACAAAAUCAUGACACAGAGCAAUGUUCAAAUCAUUUUUGACAGUUUCAGAGAGUACAAUUUUGAUAUUGAUGUUAUCGCUCCCUCAUACGAUUCCAUGAAGCAAGGAAUGACGUUGGUAGAGCAGGAAAUGCCUGCCUCUAUUUCGUUCCACGUUCCUGACCAAUACCACAAGCGAAUUAUCGGCAUCGGCGGUCAACACAUCCAGCGGAUCAUGAAAAAACAUUCUGUUUUUGUCAAGUUCUCGAACGCUAUGGAUCGUGGAGGCAUGGGUCGUGAAGAUGACGACGUCAAAGUUGACAAUGUCAUCUGCCGUACUCCCGCUCGAAACGCUCAGAAUCUUGAAUUGGUCAAGACUGAGAUUUUGGACAUGGUGGAUAGAGCACAUUCCGAGUUCACUUCUCAGAUUGUGCACGUUGACCGUCUCUACCAUCGACAGCUUAUUGCUCGUCUACAAGAGAUCGAGGAGCUUGAGAAGAAGUGGAAUUGCAAGAUUGUCUUUCCCAGCACCGAACAGGCUAGCGAUGAGGUGACCGUUACAGGUCCAGAAUGGCAGGUACCUCUGUGUGCCGAUGAGUUCCUGGGUAUGGUCCCCGAAACUCACGAAUUGGUCUUGACUCGUACUCCAUCCCUUGUCAAAUUCCUCGAGUCUCCCGAAUUUGUUAACGAGCUUAUUUCGAAGCUCAAGACUCAGCAUGAGGUAUCUCUUGAAGUACACGAGAAUCCCGAGGAGAAAACUGAGGAAGGGGAGCGCACCGUAACUUUACUUUGGAAACUCACUCGCAACAAUACUGGUGGCCUCCGCGAUGCCAUUGAUUUCCUCAUGCAGCAGUUCGCAGCUGCCAGCGUUGAUGGUACCGUUGUCAAGGGUGCAAUCCCGCGUCCGAAGUCGGACUCGUUCGAGGACUCACUUCAGUACUUUGAUUCGAAAUUGCUCCAGCACGCCCCCACUCCCAUUGGCACAGACUCGCCUACGAAACCAGCGUUUGGCGAGGACAUGACCCAACAGCGGACCACCACCAUCUUUGACAAGCUCCGGAAGCCGUCUCAGCUCCUGUCUUCUCUUGACCGCAGAAAGAACAGCUCUCAUUCGAUGAACACAUUUUUUAAGGGAUCAAACAAUGUGUCCAAGUCAUCUCUCAUCUCGAUAGAGUCGACUCGCAGCUUUAAUGCUGAUCGAAACCCCUGGAACGAUAGCGGCGUCAAUCUUCCAGACGAUGACAGUAACCCUUGGUCGAGCCGUCACUUUAGCAACGGCUACGACAAUAAACUAACACCUAACAGCAUACCCCACGGCGGUGACAUGACACCGCGCCACGGCACGCGUGCGUCUGGCGACAGUGGUCGACCGUCGACUUCUCAUUCCACAAAUUCAGGAUACCCCGGUCCGAUUGGACCAUACCGUUAG